AAGGGUGGGAGCAUGUUUUGAAUAGUGAGCUAUGGAGAAUGGAAAUUGUACAUAAAGAUGUUUAUGUUCCUUUGUUGCUGAGUUAUUAUGAUCUGCCCUCACCAGUAAGGCAGUGCUUUACAUAUUUAGCUCACCAUCCUAAAGACAUGCGUUUUUCUUCUUGUGAUAUGAUUUCACAUUGGAUGGCACAAGGUUACUUAGGCUUUGAUGAUGAUGAUUCACCAUUGGAACUAAAAGGCUUUGAGUACUUUCAGUGCUUAGAGGCUCGCUGUUUCUUCCAAGAUUUUGAGUAUAAAUAUGAACACCUUAUCUGUAAGAUACAUGAUUUGGUACAUGACUUUGCUCUCUUUUUGACAAGGGGUGAGCUUAUGACAUUGGAGAUCUUCAAAGGUAAUGAAAGUUCAACGAUGAAUAGAGAAAGAACUCUUCGACAUUUGACAGUGGUGGUAGAAAAAGGUCUCUGUUUUCCUGAAUUCAUUCCUAAUGCAGAAAAAUUGCGAAGUGUUGUGGUUUAUAGUAAUAGUAGUGAUGAUUGUGCUGCUAUCAGUGAAAAGGCCAUGUGUAAUUUGUUUAAUCAAGCUAGACGCUUAAGGCUAGUGGAGAUGGUUGGAUAUGGUGGUUCAACUAUUCCAGAAGAAAUAAGAAACUUAUUGCAUUUGAGAUACCUUGACUUGGGUGUUAGCAGAAACCUUAAAAGGUUGCCAAAAGCACUCUUUAGAUUGUACAAUUUGGAACAUUUAUAUUUGAAUUACUGUUAUAAUCUUGAAAGACUGCCCGAUGAGAUAGGAAAUUUAGUCAACUUGAAGCUUCUUCAAACCCCAGGUUGCAACAAAUUAGCUUGCUACCCAAAGGAAGUUGUGAGAUUAACUCGACUUACCCAAUUAUUGGGGCUCAUUGUGAGAAUUGAUCGUGACAAUCCUGAAGAGUUUAGCAUUGGAGAUCUAGCAAAGUUGAAUAAACUUCUCGUGCUUUCUAUGAAAAUAGUGGGAAAUAAAAUCAAUGUGGGCGAGGCUAAAAGGGUGAAGCUUCAAAAUUUGCAGGAGGUGAAGAUAUUGGUGGAUGGGGACAUAGCGGAAGGUGAACAUGUCAUACUUGAAUCCUUAAACAUGUCCUCUGUACCAAGGUACAGAUUUCAAACGGACUACAAUAUGGAUGACGGCUUCAAUGAAUCAAGAAAUGAAUGGUAGGUAACUCUUUCUUUAACUCAUUCUUUGUCAAACAUUAUAAAUAUUUAAUUUCCUUCUUUAUAUAUUAAUCAAAGGCUUUGUGUUGCAGUCUUUACUAUAGCUGGGCGUAAAUGAGAAAGUUGUUGGCGAUGAUGAUGGUGAAGAGAAAAGAUGUCACCUCCUGUACUUCUUUUCCUUUUUGGUACACGUUCCUUGUUGCAACAGACAUUGCGUGGUUUCUUAUUGUCUAAAUCUGCCAUGGUUUAUUUUCUUGAUUUUAUUUGUUUGUUUUUGUUUGUGAGUGGUUUUAUAUCUUGAAAAUUGUUGAACAUUAAGGCUCUGGAUGAUUUCCCAUAAUAGUUAUAUGUGUGGUUUUCAGAUUGAUUAUCUACAUAAUUUGCCAUGUUUUUUUUUUCUUUUUAUUUGUUUUACAUUGAGAUAAUGAUUUAGUUGCUUAUACUUCGUAAGAGAAGGUAUGAUAACAACACUUUUUUUUCUUUUUCAUACUUUUCAUCAACACUCGCGAUAUUAUUAAUCCAUAUAACAUGUGUUUCUUUAUCAUUUAUGUGUAAUAAAUUAAGUUUUUAAAA